AAUUUCUGUACUUUGAAUAUAUUAGGACAUAAUAACAAACGUUUCGAUCUCGUACAAACGGUCCUCUUCAGUGUCUAAAUCUUCUAACAGUUCUGUGUGGAAUUACAUAUUUUGUAUCCAAGUAGUGUUUGCAAUCAUGUUGUUAAUUGUUAUUCUUUAAAACGACUAUGUUUUUUUGGGGCAUUUAGAACGUCUUAGUUGACUGAGUUGCUAUUUUGCAACACCAUUCUAAUUAAGUAUCUUAUAAUCUAUAUCUGAGGAAGGUGCUUUGUCGUUCAGAGACAAAGACAUCUGUCGCGACUCAUAAGCUCUUCUUUACAAUUCUCGAAUUUAUUCAAAUAGAGCCUAUUGAUUUCAUUUUCGUUUAAUUAACGAGUAAUAUUUAUUUUCAAAUAUUGUAAUGUGUAUAAAUAUGAAAAAUAGAUAAAAUAACAUUAAAGUAUUUUUUUGGCCAAACAUGCCAACUUGUUGCAUACUUGGAUGCGGUAAUCGCAACAUAAAAGGUUCCAAAAUUUUCAUGGCUCGCUUUCCAAGUGAUCCGGAAAAAAAGAAAUUAUGGAUUUCUAAUAUAGGCAGAACUAAUUGGGAACCAAAAAUUAAUUCAGCUGUAUGUGAGAAACAUUUUGCAAGUGAAAUGUGGGAAAAAAUACGAGUUGACGGAAAGAAAAAAUUGAAGUUAAACGCUAUACCUACAAUUUUUUCUCCUCGGGAAAAAAGUGGAACAUAUAUUACUACAACGGAUCAAACUAAUAAAUCUUUGCAAACACAACUUAUAUUUGGAACAUUCCAUACAGACAAUAAUGAGGAAAAAAAUAAUGAGUCUCUUGGAUCAGUUACUUCAAAUAAUUUGGAAGAAUCAAUUACUUUUCACUCACCGGAACGAUCGAAUUCUUAUGAUUACUUUACUUAUACUUCAGAAAAAAGUACAACGAUGUAUUUAAUAAAGUUAAAUGUUUAGAGGAACAACUACGAGAAAUAAAUAAAAAACUUGAUUUAGCCAACAAAAUUAUUUUGAAAAGUAAUAAAUCUAAUAAUGUGUUAAAAAAACACAAUAAGAGAUUAACUAUAAUGAAGAACAACUUAAAACAU